AUGAAGUUGUCUUCUCCCUUGGCCCUUGCUGCCUCCGCCGCUCUUGUGUCUGCAGACUCGUCGAUUUCUGGCUCCUCCACAUGGACCUGGACCACCGUUGUCACCAACAACGGUAUGACUUACACCAAGACCGGUGCUGACCUCUACACCGGCCAGGCUACCACCGAGCCCACUGCUGGUACCUUCACCACCUCCAUCAUCAAGGGCUCCUUCACCAAGAUCAUGACCAACACCUACGGUCAGGCCACGACCAUCUCCAGCCACCAGAUCAUUUCCGGCCCCGACGAGACCUACACCAAGCCCUUGGUUCAGGUGCUCCAUACGACCGAGGUGUCUUCCUUCUUGUCAUCUCACUCGUCGCACUUGUCUGCGGCUUCCAAGGCUGCGGAGGAUGUGUCCAAGAACGGCGGCUCCAAGUCGAGCACUUCGGAGUCAAGCUCGUCGGGCUCUUCUGACUCCUCUGACUCCUCUUCGUCUGCUGGUGGUGCUGCUGCCUUGAGAAACGGCGCCAUUGGCGGUGUGGCGAUUGCUGCUGUGAUGCUCUUGUAA